AACAGUCCGAUACUAUGAACUAUAAAAAAAUCUUUCUCAAAUGUGCCUAAACAUGACAGAGCUUAGUUAUGACCUUGCUAGUUCGUUAUGGGUUAUACCCAUAAGAUUUAUUUGGCCAAGAGUUUUAUAAAUUUAUGUUUUUUUUUAAUCUUUCGCACAAAAAUAUACAUUGCUUCAAUUUGAUCAUUUUUGGCCAGGAGUUUUGGUAAUUUCUGUUUUUUUCGGCUCUCCCCUAUCUUUUGACGCCUGUCAUAUAUACGAUCGAUUUUGAUUUUUCAGAUACUCCAGAGUCCCACUUGGACAUAGAGUUUGUUUUGGCAGGAACUCUAUUUUGUUAUCUCUAUCUGAGUCUCUGACUCACUUAGCCUUAUGCGCAAACUUUGUAUGGUUCUCCAAUAAACACAUCAAAUUGCAGUAUAAAAACCAAAAACCUGUGGUAUGCCACCAGAGAUAAAAUUACAGUUGACAUAAGCCAACUGAUGUAGUUUAACUAUGGCAGAACUCUUAGCUCCUACCCAUUUCUGUUUAUGGAGAAGAACUGCUGUGAUUCAUGCAGGGUCUCAAUCUUCUUAUAGGGAAGAUGAAAUUCUAGUAGCAGAAAACAUUUUUGUGUGUUGAGAAAAAGGAAAGUGGAGGCCCAUAGUGUCUCUAAACCCUAAAGUUGAUAGGAGAAUAUGGGAUGAAAUAUGGAUAGCUUCUCAUUCAAUUCAGGGUCAGCUUGAAGGAGUGCCUUGGAAAUUCAGCAUUCACCAUUACAAAUAUUGGUUUUCUAGUUGUCUAAACACUGCAGUGAUCUAUGUCCAAGCCAAUAGCCAUUAUCAACAAUGGAGACAGCCAGAACAAUAUACUCGCUUAUCUUCAAGGCGGCAUCGGGAUGGAUUUCAAGAACUUCAAGGACCGCAAGUCUAACACAUCCCGAAGAACUAAGUCAGAGGGCAGGUGAAGAUUCAACACUAGAAGUGGUGACUUCUCCAGCUUUGUCAAGAUCAGGAAAUCCGUCAGAAGAAUGUUUUGCUUGUACUCAGGCACAGACUCCAGCCUUUCAUUCCAUCACUUGUGAUGAGGACAACGAUCUUCUGUGGGAAGCCAAUGCUGGGUCAUCUAUUUUUCCAACACAGUGCCAACAGCAUAUGCUCAGACAAUCCAAGAAGAAAAGCAGUUGGAUAUUUGGAAGUGUACUGGACCCAAGAAGCAAAGAGAUACAGAGAUGGAAUAGAACAAUUCUUCUUGUAUCUGCCAUUGGCUUGGCCAUUGAUCCACUGUUUUUCUAUGUGUUGUCUAUCAGCAAGGACUUGAUGUGUCUCUACAUAGAUGGAAAGUUUGCUGUAAUGGUGGCUGUUCUUCGUUCUACCAGUGAUGCCAUGCACUUGUAUCAUAUUUGGUUGCAGCUCAAGCUUGCUUAUGUCUCAAAGGAAUCCCUUGUAGUGGGCUGUGGAAAAUUAGUCUGGGAUGCUCGGUCAAUUGCCUUACAUUAUCUGAAAUCCCUCAGAGGCUUCUGGUUUGAUAUCCUUGUCAUCUUGCCAGUCCCACAGAUGGUGUUCUGGCUGGUUAUACCGGACCUCAUUAAAAGAGGACAAAUUACUCCGAUCAUGACUGUGCUGCUCCUAAUAUUCUUAUUCCAAUAUCUGCCUAAGGUUUACCAUUCAGUAUGUCUUAUGAGAAGAAUGCAGCGAGUAACAGGCUAUGUUUUCGGUACGGUGUGGUGGGGUUUUGGCCUGAAUUUGAUAGCAUAUUUUAUUGCAUCUCAUGUCGCUGGAGGUUGUUGGUAUGUAUUGGCAAUCCAAAGAGUGGCAACUUGUCUGAAAAUACGAUGUGAAAAAAGUGGUGCUUGUGAAUUGCUUAUGCUGGGAUGCUCAAAGCCUAUUGCAUAUAGCCUUCCGUUGCCUAUUACAGGUGAAAUAAACCCCAACUGGAGCAAAGAUGAAACUCUAGAUGCUGUCUGUUUUAGCCAAGAUGGUCCUGUAUUCCACUAUGGCAUUUACAAGUGGGCACUACCCCUAGUAACAAGCUCAAGCUGGUCUGAAAAAAUAUUGUACCCAAUUUUCUGGGGCCUUAUGACUUUAAGUACAUUUGGCAAUGAUUUGGAACCAACAUGCCAUUGGUUGGAGGUGGUAUUCAGCAUCGUUAUAGUUCUUAGUGGUCUACUUCUAUUCACACUGCUGAUAGGAAACAUUCAGGUUUUUCUUCAUGCAGUUAUGCAGAAGAAAAGACUGAUGCAGCUGAAGAUAAGAGACUUAGAAUGGUGGAUGAGGAGAAGACAACUUCCUACUAGACUGAGACACAGAGUAAGGCAUUAUGAGCGACAGCGGUGGGCUGCAACCAGAGGAGUGGAUGAAACAGAGAUGAUUAGCGAUCUGCCUGAAGGUCUGAGAAGAGAUAUAAAGCGCCACCUUUGUAUUGAUCUUAUCAGACAGGUACCAUUAUUCGAUAACAUGGAUGAUCUAAUACUGGACAAUAUCUGUGACAGAGUAAAACCCUUGCUGUUUACAAAGGGAGAAAAGAUUCUGAGAGAAGGAGAUCCCGUGCAAAGAAUGCUAUAUAUAGUGAGAGGGCAUUUGCAGAGUAGCCAACGGCUAAGCAAAGGCCUGGUAAGCACAUGCAUGCUUGGCCCUGGAAAUUUCUGUGGAGAUGAGCUACUAUCAUGGUGUCUCAGAAAACCCUUUUUGGAAAGAUUACCCCCAUCUUCUGCAACAUUCACAAGCCUUGAAGCCACAGAGGCAUUUGGGCUUGAUGCUCAAGACCUCAAGUAUGUUACAGAGCACUUCAGGUACAAGUUUGCAAAUGAGAGACUGAAAAGGACUGCACGUUAUUACUCUUCUAGUUGGAGAACUUGGGCUGCCGUCACAAUUCAACUUUCAUGGAGAAAGCAUAAGGCAAGGGCAGAACUCUCUGCAGAGAACAAUAUUGUACCAGCCUUUGUGUCACUGAUCAUCACCAAUCCAGUGAACAGAUCACUCUCAGACCAAGACCGCCUUCGUCUCUAUGCUGCAAUGUUCAUGUCCCCCAAACCCAAUGACCAUCUUGAGUGAUCUCAGCAUCAUGUGAUGGUAUCUACAAGUUUUCAUAGAGAUUCAAAUCGAAACAACACUGAUAUUUUUCACAUCUUGAUUCUUGAUGUAUGGAUGCAAGAUGUAAUCAAUCCAUAUGAUUCCAAGGAAUGGGUAUUUUUAGAAUUACCAUGUUGUUUUUGAUCUGUUAAAAAAGGAGGAAAAAUAAAUCAUCUCUACUAAUGGAA